AUGGCAGCGGGUCCUACCGAGCGACAUUCGCAUCCUGUUGAGGCUGCUGCUGAUGUAGCUGCGGAAAACGAGCCUACUGCCGUCAUCGGUGCGGAAGGCAAGGUGUCCAAGGAGUGGUGGGGAGGCUUGGGAUGGGGACGUCCCUGGGGUGGCUUCGGAGGAUGGGGUGGCUACGGUGGAUGGGGAGGCUACGGUGGCGGAUGGGGAUGGUAG